GUCUGCAGGUGGUACUGAAGUCCAUAAUGAAGGCCAUGGUACCUCUGCUGCAGAUCGGCUUGCUGCUCUUCUUUGCAAUCCUCAUGUUCGCCAUCAUCGGCCUCGACUUCUACAUGGGAAAGUUCCAUCGCACCUGCUUCAGGAUAGACACCGACGAACAGGUGGCAGAUUUCCCCUGCGGCCUGGAGGCUCCGGCCAGGACUUGCGAGAACGGCACCAUCUGCAAGGAGUACUGGACGGGACCCAACUACGGCAUCACUAACUUCGACAACAUCCUCUUCGCUAUUCUCACUGUGUUCCAGUGCAUCACCAUGGAGGGAUGGGUAGAGAUCCUCUACAAC